UUUUUUGUUUUAAAUUCCCACCCAAUUUUCAUUAUUAUAUAAGAGAGUAACCUUUCCUCAGAACGCACGUUACUGAUUCAAGAACAGAAGGUUUCUUGUUCAUAGGGUUUACAGUCCAACAUUGUUCAUUCAGGUUUAUCCAUGGCCACUGAACCAAAAGCAGCCACCGAGGACGUCAAGAUCGACCUCUUCGAAGACGAUGAUGAGUUUGAAGAGUUUGAAAUCAACGAAGAGUGGUUUGACAAGGAGGAAGGAAAGGAAGUGACUCAACAGUGGGAGGAUGAUUGGGAUGACGAUGAUGUCAGUGAUGAUUUCUCUCUCCAAUUGAGAAGGGAAUUGGAGAGCAACACUGAGAAGAACUAAAUACUGAUAUAACUGAAAACUAUGCCUUGUUAGGAAGGAAAUGUAAGACAGCAGGAACACAACAGGAACAUAAUAUUCCGGUUCUUGAAUAUCUGUGUAGAAGUUAUUGAGUAUUUGUACUUAAAUUGAACUCUGCAUAAUUUGGUGACA